AUGCUGCCACUCUUCCACCCUCGCCGCCUCCUGCAAAUAAUCAAUAGCUGGUAUCGUCAACCAUCCGAACGAACUGCCUCUUCAUGGGCGUGUAUCAAUCUCAUCAUUGCCUUGACUCAGUGCCACAGCUUUGGAUAUCUCGAUCCAGUGCUACAAAUACCCAGUGUCGGUCAAUGCAUCGAGAAUGCACAGUCCGUCUUGACAGAUAUCCUCAAGGGGAAUAACCUGGAGCUCGAACAUGUACAAAUCCUACUCGGUCUAGGUAUGAUCUUUCUUGGCAGACCAGAACCCGCUGCACCAAUGGUCUUUGUCUCGGCUGCAAUGAGGUUCGCCCAGGCUAUGGGCAUACACCGGAGGGACUACUAUGAUGGCAUGGCCAUUGCCCCUGAAGAAGCGACGCAACGAAGACGUGUCUUUUGGAUCGCGUACAUUCUAGACAGGGACGUUGCGUUGCGAUUAAGACACGCACCGAUCCUCCACGACGAUGAUAUGGAUAUGGAUCUACCACCAGAGACGAUGCCACAGUCUGAUGAGGACAAAACUGACCAAGCUGGCUUCAUCAGCGUUAGUGAUGAUGGCGAGGGCCAUGCAUUGACGAGUUUCAACUUUUUCCGCGCACGGAUCGAACUUGCACAAAUUGAAUCCCGAGUGUACGACUGUGUGUCCUCUGUGCGAGCAAGCCGCAGGGAUCCCGGCGAGACGGCACAGUUGGCAGAGAGUAUACGACUCUCCAUCAGACAAUGGAAAGCAAGGAUACCGGGCCAGUUGAUCAAUCCAACCCCAAUGUUGCCGCAGGCCGAUGUGAUGCACGCGACUUACCUACCACGCUUUCUUUGCACUCUUUCUGCCAUAGUAGUGGCAUGUCUCGGCCAGCUCUGUCGGGUCAAUUCCAUGGACUUUAGCUGGAUCGAUAAAGUCCUCACCUACGCUCACAGUAGUGACGCAGGGGCGGUGGGACAUAUACCUACCCCUCCAUCCCAGCCUCCAGGUUGGAAUGCACUGGUGAGAGAGUCCAGGGCAUUCAUGAAAUUGUUUGGUAGUAUCCCGCUUAAACAUCCGAUAUUCAUAGUCACGCAGCUAGGUGCCUUUGCAUCUUCAUUGCUUUGCCUAUCUGUCGACUUAUUUCUGAAUUUUGACGAUGGUCAUUGUGUAGGUGAUCAAAUAUUGAAGGCGGAUGCCGCGUGUUUUCUGCGAGAAUUGCCAGAGGAGAACAGUUGCUAUGUUGUGGAAAAGGUCUUGGAGGCAAGCAGAGUCCUGGAAGUGUACUCUGAGUCUGAGUGGCAGCUGAGGCUCAUGACGGCUGGACUGGCAGCAUAA